AGCCAUUUUGUAUCUCUGUAGUCCGCUCAGACGGAGCUAUUUGGCAGCGAAUAAGGAGCUGUUAUAUGAACGUCUAUUUGUUUUCUUUUAAUUUACCGCUUGUCUCAGGGUGUAUUAACGUUUAUUUUCCCUUUUAGGCAACGGUAUUCGCAGUCGACUUAUUGUCCCCACUGUAAUUUACAUUUCAGGUUGGAUUUUAGUCUUAUUUACCUUCUGAGGGAUUUAGAGGAGCUAAGGCUAACGCCGUUGGCCUAGUUUUUCCUGGUAACCAGCUGUACUGUUAGCGCUCUGACGCUAACGGCUAACCUGUAGUGAAAUGGCGGCCAACACGGCUCAGGCAACCCCUACAACCAACUGGUCCUAUGGUCCUGUUGGAGAUGGUCAUGUUCAUGAAAAUCCAGAAUGGGAGAAAGCAAGGCAAGCACUUGCGUCGAUUAAGAAGAAUCAGACUUCUGCAAAGAAUACACAAGAUAACAGAAACACGGCUGAGGCAAGCCAGUUUCAGCCAGCGGUUAGUGACUCGGCUGCUGUUCAGCAGCAGUACUAUCCAUGGUACCAGCAAACUCAGCAGCAUUAUCCUGGAUACACAUACCCCUACAACUACUACUACCCCAUGGGACCUUAUGGAGCUGCAUACCCGCCAAAUCAGUAUGGUGUACCUCCAGGACCAUAUUCAGGAACUCCAAUUUCUAAUGGACAGCCUCCUCCUGUGCCUGGAAUGGAAGACCAGACCCCAAACUACUCCCAACCACAGCCUCCCCCACCUGCUACUCCCCAGCAACCCCAGAGCCCAACCACCUCAGAGAAACCCCCUCCUCCCCCACCCCCACCUAUUCCCCCACCUCCCAAUUCCCAGUAUGCCCCGCCUGCUUCGCAAAAUUCUUACAGUACCAACAGUAGCAUGUCAUACCCACCCAGUGACCGCAACCAAAUGCAAGUGUACAAUCACUCCCAGGGUCGGCCAAGCUAUGGCCAGAGUUUCCAGGCCCCGAACACCUACCAGCCUUCCCAGAAUAAUUCCCAGCAGCAACAGUUGCAGAGUCAGUACGUACUUGGACUGGGCCGGGGAGAGGCAAAUAAAAACCAAAAACAAGGACAGCAACUCUGGCACCGCAUGAAACAGGCACCAGGGACAGCUACUGUUAAAUUUAAUAUUUCCAAGAGGCCCUAUCAGGUUCAGUGUUCCCCAGUGUCCAGUCAGGCUUUCCAACAAGGUGAACAGUCCACUGGGUUAAAUCAGACACCUUCCUCACCAGUUACUGCCAGCACUGCUCCUGGAGCUGCACAGACACGACCCCAGGAUUGGCCCCAAGCGAUGAAAGAGUACGUGCAACGUUGUUUUACUGCCUGCGAAACCGAGGAAGACAAGGAUCGUACAGAGAAGGUGUUAAAGGAAGUCCUCCAGGAGCGACUGAAGGAUGGUUCCGCCUACACAAUUGACUGGACCCACGAGCCGUUACCAGAAUUAAAGGUCAAGCAGUCUCGUUGGGAAGCUGUUCCACCCCAGAGAACAUCAGAUCAUUCCAUGAUUCGUGGAGGAAGUACAGUAGGGGCUGUUUCAAGGGGCAGAGGAAUUGGCCACAGGCUGGGUAACUACAGGAACAUUUUUUCUCAAAGAAGCCCAUCAUCUAGUUCAUCGCAGUCCUCCCGCUCACCAUCACCCUCACACAGCCGACACAGAGAUCGAAGCAGCCAAAGGCACAGACGCAGUGAUUCUGGCUCACAGUCAGAUAGCAGCAUAGCCAGUGACCUACAGCCUCAGCUGUCAAGACGAGGACAGAAAGGAGGACGUGGUCGUGGCAAUGACAGGGAGAGAGGACGUGGAGAGAGAGGCCGAGGAAGAGGAGGAAAGUCCAACAGAGGAAGACGAAACAUGGACGAUUCCAAUUCUACUGUUGGAAAAAAGAGGAAAGGGGGUAGCGCUGGUAUGGAUUUCCAUGACCCAAACAGGGAAGCUAAGAAGCAAAGCAGGGCAGCUCGUUUCCAUAAGCAACUUCGCUCUGAGCCUCUGGUUCUCUCCAUCAAUUCCCUGGAUCUACCUGAUGGGACCCAGGAAGGCCUUAGCUGGGAGGACUGUCCCAUUGUGGGCUCAUGUCAGGACAUCACAAAGUCCUACCUGAGGCUGACCUGUGCCCCAGACCCCUCCACUGUCCGCCCUGUCCAGGUGCUUAGAAAGUCCUUGCAGACUGUGAAGGCCCACUGGAAAUCUAACCAGGACUAUGCCUAUGCAUGUGAGCAGAUGAAAUCCAUACGACAGGACCUCACGGUCCAAGGAAUUCGAACAGACUUCACAGUGGAAGUGUACGAGUGUCACGCACGCAUUGCCCUUGAAAAAGGAGACCAUGAGGAGUUCAACCAGUGCCAGACUCAACUCAAGGCCUUGUACAAGGACAAUCCCUCAGAGAACAUUGGAGAGUUUACAGCUUAUAGACUGCUGUAUUACAUCUUUACUAAAAACUCUGGAGAUCAGAUCACUGAGUUGGUGUACUUGACCCCGGCCCUGAGGGCAGAUGAGUGUGUGGCUCAUGCUCUUGCACUCCGUGCUGCCUGGGCGCUGGGGAACUACCGUCGUUUCUUUAAACUCUACCAGGAAGCCCCACGCAUGGCUUCAUAUCUCAUUGACAAGUUUGUAGACAGAGAAAGAAAACUUGCACUUCGGGCCAUAGUCAAAACAUUCAGACCCGAUCUUCCUGUACAAUAUGUGCAGAAAACUCUGGGCUUUCCAUGUUUAGACUCCUGUAUGGCCUUUUUAACUGGUCUAGGUGUUUCAUUUGCCCUUUCUGACCCCCAAAAGAUAGACUGCAAAGCCAGCACAGCCUCUUUGGCUGCUUCUUGAGGGGAAGGGUGGUGGUGGGGUGACCUUGCUAAGGGAGACGUAGAGGGAUCAUCAUGGAUCCUUACUUUCAUUGCACUGCCCUUCAGACACCUCAGAUAGUGUAGUAGCUGGCAGUAAAAUCCAUAUAGAUACGCACUAGUACACUCAGUCUUUAGACCUCAAAUCAAGAGAUGAUCUUGUCUUACACAGAGAAAACAACUGAUUAAUAAUCAGAACGUCUAAUCACACUUAAGUGGUUGAACAAGGGGGAACAGCUUACCAGUGGGAUCAAAUAAUCUCAGCACUGAGCAUUCACAUGUAGAUCAGGGAGAUCACCCUCAUGGAUCCUUUCCCUCACCCCUCACAGAUUUUAGUGCUAACAGUGUUGUUAUGUUUUUCCUUCAAGUCAACAGCUUAAAGACCCGAAGAUUCAAGUCUCAAACGGCUCCUCAUCAAGUCGUUCUCCGGGCUCUCAAGCCUGCAGGAUCGCAUCGGUGCGACCGGUUACUCUUAAAGACUGUGAGAAGGUGGUGCUUGUUUCCCCGUAGGAAAAAGUGGUGGUUUGUAUGUCCCGUCAAGCAUUCGGUCAGCCCGUGGAGUCUGCCUGAAAGAGAUGGACUGAGGUGUGAAUCACUGUUCCUGAUCCAGCAGUAUUCUUCCACUGAUUGGUUCUGAAAUGCCAGCACUGCGAAGAAGUCCCGGUUUGAGGAGCACUGACUUUCUAUAAGUGUUCAUCCAGAUUAAAGCCCGUUUCAAGAAGCGGAUCCACCUAUGGGAUGAGGUUCUGCUUCCGUCAGCUUCAGGUAAAGGUUCCUGCCAGCGUCCAGAAUCCUACACGUCUCAGUUCUGCCGGACCGCAGUAAUGAGGCCUUUCUACAUUCAUCGGGACCUUUAGCAGCCAUUGUACACAAACCCCACUAUGGAGAAUCUGCACCCAAGGGUGACCUCGAAGGCGUGCCGACUGGUUUGUAUGCUACAGUGUCUGCAACGCUGGUAAGAAAGAAGAACUUCUGGAAGGAGAUGGAUGGUGGCACAGCUGAGGGGUCUUCGCUCUUCGGUGCUGAUUUGUUUUCUUGUUUUGGACAACAGUAUUGGCUUUUCUUUCACAGAAUGGCAAAAGAAUUAUGAAAUGUAUCAGGGUUUAAGGGAAAUUUACAGGUAGAUUUUUGCACCGUUAGGCUCCUAAAAAUGUAGCAAUGUCAAAAAAGGUAGAUCUGCUGAUAUUGCUGGAUGUUUUUGCAGCACAUGUGCACUCUUUCUGAAAGUAAUUGGCAAAACAAGUUUUAAACAGACAGUAAUUUAAUAGAGGGUUCAGUGAGAUGAGUGCAGAUCAGUGCUUUUACCAAUUCUCAUUUUGUAAAAUAAGUUUGUAAAAUAAAAGUUGCAAUUGUUUAAAGAACAGAAACUUGGACUGUAAACAGAAGAGCUGUCUAAUUGGAGGGUUUUCACAUUGUCAUGAAUUGUUCAGCAAUAUUGAAGUUUUAGACUUUUUACCAGCCAGAAUACAACUAGUUAGUCGAUUGAAGCUCUAAUUGGGUAAAACCUUUCAUAGAUCAUCAUUGUAGUAAAUGGCCCCAAAGCCAUACCAACAGAUGUUUUUCUGCUGCUUGUCACAUUAUUCUGAAGAUCAUCUUACCUGUUCUUGCUGCCAUUUAAACCCCAGGUUGAUAUUGUUCUCCUCAUUGGGAAACUAGCUCAGCGGUAUUGAUUAUUGAAUGAUCAGGGCAGAUGUUGACCUCAGUGUAUUAGGCUUGUAUUCGAUUACAGCAGGAGUAGAGGAAGACUUGUUGUACAAGCUGAUUAACAGAAAUAUUGUAAAUAUUCUAUCAUAUUUGAAUUUUCUUUUCUUUUUCAUUUUAAUGGUGCAUACCUUUUGUUGUUUACACCUGGGUAAGUUUGAGAUUUCCUUUAUGAAAAGGGGUUCUGCAACAUGAUUUCAGAUGUUUAAGGGUUGAUUGGCCUGCUUGUUAUGGCGAUUUUUACUGUGGCUGUAGUGGAUUAGAGAAGCCGCAGCAGUUUCAUCAAGCUGAGACUCUACAAUGUGUGAGAAAAUGUGACUCAGAACUUCUUCAGUGUGUUAAAGCUUUCACAACAGAUUAACAAGUGGAGAGACUGUUCUUCAGAUCAUUUUUUAUUGCUAUUUUUGACAAUGAUUUCAACUUGUCUUUUCUUUCCCCCUUCAUUCACCCUGUCCUCUACCCUCCCCUCCUCCCUCCCCCCACUCCCCCAAACCUUCCCACACACCAGCACACCUCUCGUUCUUCAGCUCGUAGCACUGCUGCAUUGCAAGAGCACACGAAGUGAAAAAGUGGGUGAACCUCCUCCUGAAGGCUGCCGGAGAGAGUGAAGUUGUGAGGAAGUCCUGAUUUGACCUGCUCACACUGCAGCCAUGCAGCUGGUUAAAAACACAGGAGCCUCUCACAAUGAAAUGUAUAAACAUGCCCUGCUGCUAAUGUGAUUUUGCUGCUAAUCCAAAUAUUUAUGAUGUUUAAGUUUUAAAAUCGUUGAUUUGUUAAUGACCCUGUGAUGAUUUCUGUUUGUCCAGGUGCAUUUGCUCUGCUUGCCUAAUCUGUAUGCAGUUGCUGGUUCGAUUUUUCUUUUUUUCUCGUUUAUAAGAUUAACAAACUUGGGUUUGAAGUUUUAGAUUUCUCCCUCAUCAAAAAUGUGUCUGGACAUGCAGAACUUUCUUUUUCUUAGCCAUAUAUGACGUUUUUCUAGUCUACAGUGUUUGUGAAAUGUGCUCAUAGGAUAAGAAACGACUUUCAUAUGUAAUAAGGUUGAUCUUUGAUGUAAAGUUUCCACACAGGUUUAAGUUGUGCUCAUCCAAGACAAUUCACCCCUAGAUGACUAACUGAACACACUUUCACUUAUUUAUUUUUUUUUCCAGUAAGUCAUGUUCAUGUUUUCAUUUUUUUUGCCCCUGUUACUGUAUUCUGUCUUUGAAACUCCUUUCUUGAUCCUUGACACUAAGUCCUCCUUUCUCUUUGCUUUUUUUAAUUUCUGGCUUUUUCUUUUCAGCUAGUCUGUUUAGAUUUAUUUUUUCCUCACCUUUUCUCUUUCUUCUCACCCUCUGCAUGAAACUCUCCUUACCGAACAUCUAACCAGGAUUUCUCUUUUCAUUCUCCUCUUUUUUUUAUGUCAAAUUUGUUUGUGAGCAUUUGCUGUGUGCAACUUGUCACCCUGACUAGUAAGUAUUGUAUUACAUCUGCAGUGCUUUAAUAGUUUAUGUUGCACCACACUAACAAGCUGAAGUUUUAUCUGCAAAGACCCUCUCCCCAUUUUUUUCACUUCUAUACAGAUCUGAGAUCGCUGCCAUUUUGUACAUAUUGUGUAAAUACUUUUUGAAAUAAUAAAAUUCAACAAUAAACAGCA